AACUGUUUUUAUCUUUCAUAAUUUAUAAUAAACUAUUUGUUCUGCUUGAUCUGCAUUUUUCCUGCAUGAUUCAUUUGAUGUGCAUUUGUUCUUCUUGAUCUGGAUGAUCCGUUUGAACUGUUUUUAUCAUUUACAAUUUUAAUAUAUUAAAAACAAAAGGAAAAAAAACUUAGAAGUAUAUCUUUUGACCAAAAAUAAAACUUAGAAGUAUAUCUGGAAAAAAGAGCUUUUUGUCAGAAAAGGUAUAUCUAGAAUAUAAAUUAAAUAUAUCUAGAAGGCGGCUCAGAAAUCACGCGCCGCGCGUGGUAAAUAAAUUAAACUCAUAUCGCAUAAAAAUAUCUAAAAAGGGUUCAAGAAAGUACGACGAAGAUUCUCAUCCAAACUACUAUUUUGUAUCUACCAGAGUCACCCAAAGCUACGCGGUUUCACAAAUGGUGAGCAUCUUCGCUCUUUACCCUUUCUUUUUUGGCCAGGUAUUUACGAUAGUACCAAACUCAUACGCUGCCACUUCCUUACCAAGCAAGUCACAAGGUCUUAUUUGUCAUCUUCACACGUUUUCAGUCCACACAAACUUGAUCUCUAUAAGUCUAUAAAUACAUCCCGACCAGACACAAAACACAACAACAACAAUCACACCAACACACAAACACAAACAUCAUUCUAACUGUUUAGUUUUAUCAUCAGAAGAAAAGAAAAAUGGUUGCGGAGAUUAAGUCUACGGUGGAGGCUACGGCGGCUAACUGUCUGAUGCUUUUAUCAAGAGUCGGACAAGAAAACGGUGGAGAUACAAAACGCGUGUUCACAUGUAAAACGUGUCUGAAGGAGUUUCAUUCGUUUCAAGCGUUGGGAGGUCACCGUGCAAGUCACAAGAAGCCUAACAACGAGAAUCUGUCUGGUCUGAUAAAGAAAGCGAAAACGCCGUCGUCUCAUCCUUGUCCCAUAUGCGGAGUGGAGUUUCCGAUGGGACAAGCACUUGGAGGACACAUGAGGAAACAUAGGAACGAGAAUGGCGGCGGCGUCGCGUUGGUUACAAGAGCGUUAUUGCCGGAGCCGACGGUGACGACGUUGAAGAAGACGAGUAGUGGGAAGAGGGUGGCUUGUCUUGAUCUGAGCUUGGGGAUGGUUGAGAAUUUGAAUCUCAAGUUGGAGCUUGGAAGAACAGUUUAUUGAUUCUUGUUUUUUUUUUUCUGGAUAUAUUAGUUAAGUUUCUCUCAUUCGUUGAAUUUUUCCUUAAUAUUUUAGAUUGAUACAUAAAUCUGCAGAUUUAGGAAACUUUGAUAGGCUGUAAUAUUUUUUUUACUAGUUGAAUAUAUAUUUUACGUACUAACCAUUGGAGAUUUAAAUAAGAUUAGUAUAUCUUUUGCAAGUUAGAUAUACUCAUAUACUAACUAUAUAUAACCCGUCCGCAAGUAAUACAUAGAUAAACUAAAAAGACAAGUGAUUCAUUCAAAAGUGUACUAGUGAAAUACUAGAACACUUGGUCUAACUGCUAACUAAAAAUUCAUCCCAAUAAAUGUAAAUAAAAAUAUAAAUACAAUAGAAAUUCAAGUAUUCGGUUCAUGUUGAUUAUUUCGGAUAUCAGAUAAUCUAGAGAGAGAAAAAAUGAUUACGUUUCAUUUUAUAUCUGAGGAAAAUUUUGUUCGGAUCAAAUCUUUAGUUCAGUUCAGUAAUAAAACUAAAAACUAGAUUUUGACCCGCGCUUAGAAAGCGCGGGUUUAUUUUUGAAAUUAAAUAAAUUCUUCUUAUAUAAGAGAUAAUGUAUAGGUUUGAAUACAUUUAUCCGAUUGCACUGAACCGUACCAAAUUGGAAAAAAAAAACUCAAAAUUAAGCUGAAUUUCAUAAAUAAUCGAGCAUAGAAAAAAUAGAAACCAAAAUAAGGACCAAAUAAAUA